AUGGAUGACACGCCGCCGACCACGCGCGGCCACCGCGUGACCCUGCCGGACGGCUUCCUCACGCUGCCGCCGUCGAUGACCGAGGCGCUCCCCGUCGUCGCGCGGCGCGAGGGCGGCGGGAGCGGCGGGCGGGCGCCGGUCGUCGCCGCGCGCAGCGCGCCGCCGCCGCUGCCGGCGGACAAGCGGACCGCGCCGCCGCCGCCGCCGGCCGCCGCGUCGCCGCGGACCGCGCCGCCGCCGCCGGCCGCCGCCGCCGACGCCGCGUCGCCCCCGGCGAAGCGGACCGCGCCGCCGCCGCCGCCGGCGCGGUCGCGGCCCGCGGGCGUGUCCGAGCCGAGCGACCUGCCCGUGAGCGCCGCGGAGAAGGUGCUCGUCGUCGCCGAGGGCACGUGCUUCCGCGCGCGGCUGAGCCGCGCGGCGGGCGAGGGCCUGGGCGUCACGGUCAAGUCGACGAGCGACGGCCGCAUCGUCGUCCACGCGCUGCCGCGGGGCCGGCCCGAGUGCCCCGGCCGCGCGGAGGCCGCGGGCGUGCGCGUCGGCGACGAGGUGCUGGGCAUCGGCGACGGCUUCUUCCCGCCGGGCACGACGCUCAACGAGCUCGUCGCGACGAUCCGGGCCGCGGACGCCGACGUCGUGCUCCUGCUGCGGCGCGGCCGCCGGAGCCGCGCGGCGGCCGGGCCGGGCCGCGGCGGCGGCCGGUUCACGAAGAUGGCCUUCAUCCUCCACGAGCAGGGCGUCAUCGACGAGGCCCAGGCCGAGGGCCUCAGCGCGAUGAUGGCGCAGCUCGAGCGCCGGUCCGAGCAGUGGGACACGCGGUCCGAGCUGAGCGCGGCGCGCGGCGCCGGGGACCGGAGCCCGCGGCGCGACGGCGGCGAGGAGUUCAAGGACGACCACAUGGACCCGCGCCGGGGCCGCGCCGAGGGCCCCGAGGCCGUGCGCGUCGACACCGCGCGGCUCCGGCCCGCGCUCUGCGUGCGCAUCCUCGGCACGGACUACGCGGACGACCACACGGUCUACAUCCUCUGGGUGCUCGACGUGCUCGCGGGCGCGGAGUGGCGCGUGCCGCGGCGGUUCCGCGAGUUCUUCGAGCUCCACGAGGAGCUCGUCGCGCUGCGGCCGUCGACGGAGAAGCUCGACUUCCCGACGCGGCGGCCGUCGCUCUACGAGACGACGCACAGCGUCAACGACCGCCGCGUGCGCCUCGAGCGCUACGCGCGGCGCGUGUCGGGCAUGCUCUUCGGGGCGCGGCUGCACGCGCACAGCGGCGACGUCGCGCUCGCGCUCCAGCGGUUUUUGGACGUGCCGAAGCGGCGCGCGUCGCUCGAGCUGCUGGAGCGGAACCCGGACAUCACGCUGCGCCAGGCGGCGCAGGUCGCCGUGUGCCAGGUGCUGGCGCUGCCCGCCUUCGAGAAGAUCCUGGCGGACAUCGUCGCGGCCGCGGGCGGCCACGCGUUCGAGUCGGGAUUGGACAUGCUCGCGAAGAUGAAGCAGUACAUCGACCACCUGCAGGCGUGCCUCCUGGAGGGCUGCGCGGACUUGCUGGUGGCCGUGGCGCUGCGGCGGAAGAGCUGCAUCGCCGAGGACGACCUGAACGCGAUCCUGUCGUCGGCGAUCCGGCGCCAGAUCGAGACGGAGAUCUUCGUGCCUUUGAUGGACAAGCUCCACGGCCUGCUCCGGGGCGACAUCGACGCCGAGGAGCGGCGGUUGGCUGCCCGCUGCGCCAACGCGCGCCACAUGCCCCAGACGGCCCUCGGCAUCCCCGUGCACCACAUCUCGCCGAGCUCGUGGGAGUCCGCGAUCUACCAGCUGAGCAACAUCGGCUCCUACACGCUCCCCUGCGACAAGCUCGACGCGCUCCUCGCCGCGGCCAAGGAGAUCCCCCAGCUCUACCGCAUCGAGCACCCGGGCACGGAGAACCACCUCGGCGCCGACGACUUCCUCCCCAUCUUCAUCUACGUCCUCGUCAACGCGGACAUCCCCAACCUCUCCUACCUCCAGAAGGUCCUCUGCACGCUCUGCGACCCGGACAAGCGCCUCUCCGAGACGGGCUACUACGUCGCCACCUUCGAGGCCGCCGUCCAGCACAUCCUCGAGCUCGACAAUCCAAAUCCGGCUGCCCGCAUGAUGGUGCACUUGAUGAACCUCCUGCUGGCGACCGGCGCCCACGCCGCGGCGUUCGGCAAGAAGGCACUCGUGGACACGGCGCACCCGGUCCUCAAGAAGGCCUUCGCCGAGCACGGCCGCCUCACGCAGGCCGACUUCGCCGCAGCCGCGGAGACGAAGUGGGAUGCGCCGCCCCCGCAGCGCGCUCACGCGACGCCCCGCCAGAAGGCGAGCAAGUUGGGCGGCUACGUCGAUGAGAGCUUCGACGAUUCCCUCUGCGACGUCUACGUCCAGUCCGGCGACCUGUGCUUCGACGGCGACGCGAGCGACAUCGACGACGACACGGUGCUCGCCGCGCCGUCGACGCCCGGCGCGUGCGUGACGUGCGGCUACUUCACCGCGGAGGACGCCGUCUACGGCGACUGGAUGGACUGCCAGACCUGCGAGGACGGCUACGAGAUCAUCGUGUUUUACGACGACUGCACGGGGGGCUGCGUCGCGGCGGAUUCCACGAGCUACUACACGGACAUGGGCUUCGGCACGCUCACGACCUCUUCCUGCGUCGCCAUCGACCCCUGCUACGACGACGACGCCAUCAACGAGUACCCGACCGACGGGACCGUGUCGCUGUUCGUCGACGACGACGACGGCUCGAGCUACUCGUACUCGUACGCCUAUUCGUGCUACGAGGGCUGCGCGAGCUGCGACGGCCCGGGCAACAUGGAUUGCGACAGCUGCGACAACGGCUGCGACGUCGAGGGCGACGCGGACCAGGACGGGUACGGCUCCUGCCCGGAGUCGUGCGACGACGACGACUGCGCCGACUCGCCGACGUGGCACAAGGUGGGCGUGCCGUGGAAGGACUGCGCCUGGGUCUCCGCCUACUCGGCGCGCUGCGCCGUCAAGGGCGAGGACGACGGCCACAAGGGCAAGAGCCUCGCGUCCUACGCCUGCAGCGCGUCCUGCGGCGCCUGCCACGGCGACUCCGACUCGUGGUACAAGAAGAACGCGCCGGCGAAGACGUGCCAGUGGGUCUCCGCGUGGCCCGACGGCCGCUGCGCCGUCAAGGGCUUCGACGGCACGCUCGCCGCGGACGAGUGCCCCUACGCGUGCGGCGAGGACGAUGACGGCGGCGAGGGCUCCGAAAAGAUGGCCGACUCGCCGCUCGACGAAACGGCCUUCGCCGCGCUCGUCCGCGACGCGACCGACGAGGACUUGCCGGCCCUCGCCUGCGCCCGCGGCGCGGACGACGCGUGGCGCGUCGCGCGCAGCGGCCUGCUCCUCACGAGCUACACGGACGACGGCGGCGCGCGCAAGUGGGCCUACCGCUACGCCGCGCUGCGCGUCGGGGACGGCGGCGCGCGCGAGCUCGCGGUCUUCGCGAGCGCGGCAUCGCGCGCCGUCGAAUCGGCCGCCGCGCUGCGGCUCGGCGAGAAGACGGCGCGGCCCUUCUCGCUGCCCGAGAGCGGGCGCUGGGGCGGCGGGGGCUUCGCCGUGCAGUGCGCGGCCGGCGAGCCCGAGCGCUUCUGGCGCGCGGUCGACGAGGGCGACGCGGCCGCGUGGCGCGCGGCGCUCAACGGCGCGCAAACGCCCGCGGCGGCGGGCGCCGCGGUCCACGGCGGCCCGCUGCUCUGCUGGCGCGUCGGCGACGCCGACGCGUCCUGGCGCGAGCGCUACUGCGAGCUCCGGCGCGACGGCGAGACGAGCCUCCGGAGCUACCGCCACGGCCCCGCCGGCGGCGGCUCCUGGCGCGACCACGAGGUCCACGCGCUCGGCGACCUCGCCGCGGUCCACCUGCGGCGGCGCGACGACCUCGAGACGCCGGGCUUCGAGCUCGCGGACGGCGGCGGCCGGCUUUUGCUGCGCGCGCCGCCGGACGAUUCCGGCGCCGCGGCCGCGUGGCUCGCGCUCCUCGCGCCGCGCUGCGCGUCGGAUCUGCGCGACGCCGACGCCGCGGCGGCGGCGGCCGCGGCGGACGACGCGGCCCACGCGGCGCGCGCCGCCGCGGCGCCGCCGACCGUCGCCGCGGCGACGGCGUCGGCGUCGCGCGUCGCGCUCGCGGCCGGCGGCGCCGUCGCGGCCGCCGCGGGCGCGGGCGCGGGGCUGACCGUGGCGCUGGCCGCGGGGACGCUCGUCGGCGCCGCGGGCGCCGCCGUCGGGCGGAGCCCGACGCACACAGCGGCGUACAUCGCGACGCUCGCGCGGAGCUACAGCAAAGCCGACGCGCCGGCCCCGCCGCCGCCGGAUUUGCCAAAAAUCCCGCCCGUGGACGACGGCGACGUCGUCGCCGAGGUCGACGUCGACGUGCGGUCGGGGGGCGCGGACGACGCGCUGCCGCCGACGCUGAAGAUCGACGGCGACGCGGACGGCGACGACGACGGCUCCGACGACGAGGGCGGCCGCCUCCUCGAGGCGCCCGUCGUCGUCGUCGCGCGCCUGGGCGACGCCGUCGCGGCGAGCCGCGUCGUCGCGCGGUCGUCGCAGCUCGGGCGGCUCCGGCUGUCGGCGACGUUCCGCGCGACGUCCGCGCGGGACCGCCUGCUCCUCGAGCUCCGGGCCCAGUCGUCGAGCGCGGACCCCGCCGGCGGCGCCCUGCUGGGGCGGCGCACGCUGAGCCUGUACGAGCUCGCGGAGCGCGACGCGGACCGGCGGCUCGCGGCCGUCAAGGAGACGAUGGACGGCGCGCUCCGGUGCCUCGCGGGCGCCGAGCCGGCGCCGCCGGCGCCGUCCGACUCCGACAGCGACGACGACCCGGCGAGCCACGCGAGCUUCCACCGCUUCGCGCGGCCCGCGGCGCGCGCGGCCGAGGCGCGGACCGGCGCGGGGUGGUACGCGCUUCUGGCGGACGAGGACGCGGCCGCCGCGGGCGAGGAGGAGGUCGAGGGCGGGUCCGCCUUCGUCGACGGCGCGACGGACGACGCGUCGGGCCUGCGGCGGGGCAACGUCGCGGCGCUCGUGGAGGCGCGCGUCGCGGUGUCUCGGAGGGCCCCGGCGGCGUUCCUCGACGCGGCGCGGCGCGCCAAGGACCGGCCGCCGCGCGACGACGCGCCGUCGCCGGCGGCGACCGUGGAGCUGCUCAAGCGGCUCUUCGUCGUCGUGGCCUGGGUCCAGGGCCUCGUGUCCGCGGUCGACCGCCUGCUCCGGUGGGACGACGCGGCGGCGUCCGGCGGCGCCGUCGCGGUGUGCCUGGCGGCGUGCCUCUUGUGGGCCCGGGACCACUUCCUCGCGCUGCCCGUGCUGCUCUGCGUCUGCGGGCUGGGCGCCCUGGGCCUCCAGCGCCUCGAGGGCGACUGGGCGCGGCGGCGGCUCGGCGAGGCCGGCGACCGGGGCCCGCGGACGCGCGGCGACGUCGCCGUGCUCCGCGUGGCGCUGCUCGGCGUCGACGGCCUCGAGCCCUACGCCGGCGGCGACGCGCGGCCCCGCGUGCGGCUCAAGUACGUGCCCGCGCCGACGCUCGCGCCCGUCGCGGCCGCGGCCGCCGCGGCCGCGAGCGACGUCUGCGCGGCGGUGCGCGCGCCCGAGGGCGCGCCGGGCGCGGGCGACCUGCUGGCGGACGCGCGGCGCGCCUGCCGCGACGCCGGCGACGCCGCCGCGGCGAGCGUCGCGGGCCGGGGCGCGCUGCGGUGCGUCGACGUCGGCGUCGCCGCGCUCGAGCCCGUCGCGGACGUCGCGGGCGACGGCCGGCGCCUCGUGCGGUCCUGGGCCUGGGACCGGCUCGCCGAGGUCGAGGACCCGCGGCGCGACGCGACGGCGGCGCCGGAGGCCGCGGCCUUCGCGGCGAAGCCGCGGCUGUCGACGUCCGCGCCGCCGCGCGUCGGCCUCCGGUCGCGCGCGGUCUACGAGGCCGAGCGCCUCGUCCACCGCGGCGCGCCGUCGGCCGGGUCCCUGCGGUCCCUGGGCGCGCUGCUCCGCGGCGAGGGGGACGGGGAGGACGACGGCGGCGACUGCUUCGGCCUGUCGCCGACGCGGGACCCGGACGCCACGCUGCUGGGCGUCGCCGAGGUGCCCCUCGGCGCCGUCGCCGCCGCGGGCGGCGACGACGGCCUCCCGGGAUUCCUCGAGCCCGGCGGCUGGCUUCCGCUGCGCCCGCCGCGCGACGCGCUGCUGCCGGGCGCCGCGGACGGCGCGCCGCGCGCGGACGCGCGCGACGACGUCUCCGACGACGACGGCGGCUACGCGUCGGCGGACGGCGACGACGCGCCCGCGGCGCCGCCGCGCGCGCAGCUCCGGUGCCGCCUGGAGCUGCUGGGCGACGCGGCCGCGCGGCGCGCGUUUCGGGAUUUGGACGCGCGCGAGGCCGAGCUCGAGGUGGCCUGCGACGAGGCCCCGCCCGGCGACGACGCCGACGCGCCGGGCGACGGCGACGCCGGCGCCGUCGCGGGCACGGGGCUGCUGUCGCGGUUCCGCCGCGCGCGCCACGGCGCCGUCGAGAUCCAGAACUCGCUCAAGGACGCCGUGCGCCUCGGCGAGCAGGUGCGGGGUUUGCUCGAGUGGUCCCAGCCCGCCUUCACGCUCCUCGUCUUCGGCGCGCUGGUCCUCGCGCUCGCCGUCGCCGCGUCGCGCCGCGCGCACCGCGUGGCCCGGGCGACGGCCGCGCGCCGCGCCGCGGCGCGCUGCGACGCCGCCGCGGACGCGCUCGUCGCCGCGGCGGCGCGCGCCGACGCCGCCGACGCCGCCGACGCCGCCGACUCCGCCGACGCCGCCGACGCCGCGGAUGGCGAAGGCGACGGCGCCGCGCCGCCCGCGCCCGGCGACGGGGGCCUCGCGGCGGCCCUGCGCCGCGCGGCGUGCUGCGCGCGCGCGGGCGCCCGCGCCGCGCGCCGCGCGGACGCGGACGCGGACGCCGCGUCGGCCGCGGCCGUCGCGGCGGCGGGCCGCGGCGGCGCGCGGCCCCCGUCCCAGCCGGCGACGGUCUGGCAGCGGCUGCUGGCGCUCCUCGAGGCGCUGCCCUGCGAGCCGGAGCUCGAGCAGCUCUUCUCGCAGCGGCGCAAGGCGCGCGACUGGCGCCGCGACCGCCGGUCCGCCGCGCGGCGCCUCGGCGCGGCCUGGGCGGGGCCCCUCUGGCGCCGGUCCACGGCCUGGCGGCGCCACUUCGCCGCCGUCCGCGGGCCCGAGCUCCAGUUCUGGUACUCCGCGCAGCACGCGCUCUCGGGCGUCACGCCGGUGCUCGUCGUGAGCCUCGGCGACGCGCGGCUCGUCGACGACGCGCUCGCGAGCGACAACCUGCCCGUGCUCACGCUCCACGCGCCCCUCAAGUCGAAGCCCGACGUCCACCGCGAGUGGCGCCUCGCGGCCGCGCACCACCGCGACGCGCGCGCGCUCCAGCGCUGCAUCUGCGACCGCGCGGACGACUCCCGCGCGGCGGCCGCCGCGGACGCGCCCGCGACGCCGCCGCCGGAGGUGAAGAAGGGGCUGUAAGUGCCAUCUCAUGUG